UAUAACUUACAAAACAAGUCAGGAAGUCAUCAGGCAUCUUCAGAGCCGCUGCUUUCACUUCCAUCUUUUAGCCGUGAACGCAUCUGAGCGCAGUUGAUCUCUGUGACAAGAUCUCGAAACUUCAGCUGAUCUCAGAUACGCAAGAUGAGAGGAUACUUACUUGGAAUAUUUGUGGUCCCACUUUUGAAACAUUGCAUUUGCAGUGAUGUGGUGAACUUCGAUGGAGACAUCAAGGACUUUGUAGUUGGUAAAAGUAAGUUGUUCGUUCUUACUGACCAUCGACUACAUCAGAUGAGACUCGAUCUAUCUGAGGAGAAGAGGAAGGACAUCACUAAUGCCACUCAUCAAAAUAGAGUCAACAUUCUAGUGCCUUUUGAGGACAACGACACCCUGAUAACAUGUGGGACCUUUAGUAAAGGAUAUUGCGAAGUUCUUGAUUUAAAUGACAUUACAAAGAGUAUUUACGAUGAAAGUGAAUCAAUAGGACCGAAACAGAAUGAGAAAUCUGUAGCGUUCAUAGCAGGUCCAAGUACCGGUAGGUUCCUUUUGGUUGGGAAAAAGGACGAACAAACAAAUAACCCUGACCCUAACCGUAAUCCGUCUCCUGUUGUUAAAUUGUGGAACACUUUAGAGUCUCAAAUUGGUGGGAUUUUCAACAACAUAGAAGAAGGAUCAACCCCCUUAAUCCAGAGCACCGCUGAAGAUGUGGAGUUUGUUGACGGAUUCCAGAGAGUUUCAUCGUUGUACUUAUUUCUCAACUCAAAGACUGGCUCGGAGAGUAAAGUGCACGUCCUGUGGAUGGACAGCAAUAAAAUAAAAAAGACAGAGAUCUUCAAAUCCCUACAGGCUGCAACGAUAGAGUGCUGCGAUGAUAAAGCUCGUCCAGUUCUCGUCGCCUCCACCGUUAUUCCCUCAGGGAACAGUGUUAUUUGGGCAGGUGUGUUCAGUGCGCAGGAUCAGCAGGAUCCGGAGAACACCGCGCUGGCUCUGUACGACAUCAGUAGAGUUCGAGGUCGAGUGAAGGGUUUCUGCACUAUUGGUGAAAAAUGUGAUUCUGAGAGUGGUAGUAACCUUCAGCCGCUCUCUGUGGUGUUCAAGUACAGCUCAAUGUCAUCAGUGGCAGCAGUUAGAAGUGAAUCCUCGACUGUGUUGUUCAUAGGAACCAGUGAUGGACAACUGAUAAAGCUUAGGUUGGAUGAGAAAUUCACACCAGGCUGUCCAAUAGUGCUGUACAAAUCUGAUGAUGAACGAGCAGUGCUUCCCAGAAUGCACUUUGAUCCAGUAGAUUUCAAACAUAUCUAUGUUGCUCUGAGGAAAGAGCUCAGAAGAGUGUCUGUGGUUCAGUGUGCUAAGCACACCUCUCUGAAAGACUGCAGAGCUGCUCUGGAUCCUCUUUGUGGCUGGUGUUUAAACACACAGAGAUGCUCCACCAAGGACGAAUGUUCAGAGUCUCCAUGGAUGUCCACCCCAAAAAACUCAAUUCAGGAACCUCUAGUUUCUUUUCAGGCUUGGGAUGACAAAUCUUCUAGAAAUAUUACGCUACAUCUUGGCUUGAGUCUGGAGAGCACAGGAAAUCCCGCCUUCUCAUGUUCCUUCACCACAGGAAGUGUGAAUCUGUGUGACGGGUCUGAUCUGACUGCAGUUUUCCCAAACUGCUCCUGUAGUUUUUCUGACCACAAACUUUAUACUGGAGAUUUAAAUGUCACAGCUAUAGUUGCUGUUAAGGAUCAGAAGAUCACAGAGAUGCUGACACUGAGGAACUGUUUGAAUAUCAAAAAUAAUUCACCAAAUCCUUCAUAUAAACAGUGUGUGCAGUGUGUCUCAUCUGGGUGUCAGUGGGGCUUUUCCUCUCAGCGUUGUGAUUGGAAACAUGGACCUGGACCGCAGUUACACGUACAGGAUGCAUGUAGAGAUCUAUUCACUGACAUGGACUACAAAGAGCCAGAGAUUCUCUCUCUAGAGCCCAACAAGGUUUCUUUCCAUGGCAGAAACAACGUAUUACUAAGAGGAAGGAACCUGGAAUCUGUCACUAAAAUCCAUAUUCAAGGGGAUCUGGACUGUAUUUCUAAAGAAUCUCCAGUGUUUGAUCGCUCCAGUGACACUUUAAGGUUCCACAUUCCUCCCAGUGGAACUAAAGGAACAGUGAAAGUGUGUGUUGUUACUCCUGACGAUCGUUGUCAUGGUAACAGUAUCAUCACUUACAGUUCUCAGCCCAGCUGCACAGGAAUACAGCCCACAGUCUCCUGGAGGAGUGGUGGAAGGAAGAUUGAUGUUCAGGGGAGCAGUAUGGACACUGUGGAAUCAGCUCUUUUCCGUCCCUCCAAUAAAGUGCUUCAAACACAAUACAGCAAAAGCUCAGGGGAUGUGUGGUUUCAUUCACCCCGUUAUGAUGGCGGUGGACCGUUAAGCUUAUUACUGAAAGUUGGGAACUCCACUGUGGACUGUAAGAAUUUUUCCUACGAGCCUGAUCCAGAAUUCGUUGGAUUCACCACCUUACAGGUGGCCAAUGACCUACAGGUCAACAUUAAGAAAAAGCCAGAUGCACUGAACUUGAGUAUGAGUGAGGUGAAUGUGACGGGUCUACAGGGAGAUCAGUCGUAUCAGUGUGUUUUGGAGAAGAUUGAGUCCAAAGAGAUCAUCUGUAAGAUUAAAGGAGGAUCAGGAGCCGUCACAUCAGUGGACUCAAUAACUAUCAGCGUUGGGGAUUCUGGUGAUCUCCUGACGGGGAAACAUCGAGAGUAUUUGGUGUUUUUUUCCAUAGUAUUUUCUUUAAUAUGCUUCUUCUUUAUUCUUAUCUUUUGCAGUUUGUUAUCAAUUUUCAGAGUCGACAGUAUCUAAUCUGUUUGUCCUAUUCAAUGGCCACUGCAUUUCAGAUUUGCACUAACACACAGCCUUUAUAAUUAAAUUGAUGCUGUAAACUCCUGUUUAUACUUAGUCAGAGAUCACCACAGUAAUAUUAUUCUCAUUUCUCACGUUUCUGAUCUUGUCAGAUCCAUUCUGUGGAGCUGUUCUCCAGACAGCAGGUGGCGCUUUACACUCACUUAUUAUACACCGUAAAAACAGUAACUCAAAGUUUCUACAGAGACUUGACGUCUGCUAUUUAGUACUGUAUUAUUAUUUUGUAGUAGAAGGCUUUGCGUGUAUAUUUUUCAUUGUAUCAUUUCAUUGUACCUACACAAUUCCAUUGCUGUCUCAUUAAUCUUAUAUUUUAGAUGUAAUAAGUAUAAUUACAAAUAAACAUUUUACAAUGCUUUUCUU